AUGGCUGCUGUGACUGCGUGGCGCUGCUCCACUUUGCUUUUUAUCGGACUCUCCAUGAUCUUCUCUGCAGAUCUCGAGAGGAUGGAAGUUAAAGUUGGACAGAACAUCGUCCUGCCAUGUCAAGCUGUAGGUGACAUCCAAUAUGUAAAGUGGGAAAGAGUUAACCUGGGAGUUGACUGUGUACUCAAACACCGCCGUGGUGAAGUUUUUCCAGACAGUCUGCAUCCAUCUUUUGAGAACCGGGCGCAUCUGCAGGACAGACAGAUGAAGGAUGGAAAUCUGUCUUUGAUUAUAAGGGAAGUGAAGAUUAAUGACAUUGGAACAUAUGAGUGUAAUGUCAUGAGAUCAUUCGGGGGUAAUUCCACCAGAAAUAUCAUUGACCUUCAUGUUUCUGUUCCUCCAGUCUUCAAUUUCAUCACAGCUGAGUCUGGACAGGAUGUCAUUCUGCCAUGUCGAGCUCCAGACAGCAAUGUCAAAUACAUAGGUUGGACCAGAGAUGACCUGGGAUUUGACUCUGUGUAUCGUUAUGAGGAUGGACACUUUCGUCCAGUCAACCAGCAUCCAUCUUUUAAGAAUCGUGUGGAUCUGCAGGACAGACAGAUGAAGGAUGGAGACGUGUCUUUGAUUCUGAAGAAUGUGACGAGUAAUGAUGCUGGAACAUACCUAUGUAAAGUCAUCAUUAGCCGAGCACACCGGAGUGACCUCAUUAGCAGCAUCUACCUGGUUGUUGAUCCUCCAGGUCCACCAAAACCUCGCCCAGGGGAUGAAUGGAUGGUUUUUGGAGUGGGAUUUGCUCUCUCACUUUGUCUUGUGAUUGCUGUUGUUGGAUUUUGCACAUACACAUAUAGACUGUCCCGGGGGCCAAAUGCUAAUCGACCUCAUCAGACCCCACAGCAGUUGUAUGAUCUGAGGACAGGCUGUAGAUUAGAAACAUCCAAAGUUUGAUCUUCUGUGAGUGUUUCUGUAUUUUAAAUUUCAGGUUCAGCAACUGUUUGUAAACUCAUCUUAUUCUGUGAGUUAUGAACCACACAAAUUAGAAUUAUUGAGUUAUUACAGCAUAAUUACAUAAGCUCACUGACUCAACAACACCAACACUGUGCAACAAUAAGAGUGUAGAUGAAGCACUGUAUGUUAGAGACAAUCACUUAUCUGUCUCAGUGUUCAGGAUCCACUGAUCAGCUGCUGACAGAUGAUUGACUGAAUCUGGGAUUUGUACAUUUGAAAAUA